AUGCUGGCUGGCGAGCAAGGCGUGCCCUGGAGCUCGCAGCGCGGCCGAGCCAUGGUGCUCGUAAAGCCGCGCCAGGUGGUCGUGGACCUGAUCGGGCGCCUCAACAAGUGCGGCGUCAUCUCCCCGCGCUUCGACGUGGCCCUCGGCGGCAUCGAGCAGAUCGCCUCCGACCUGCUGCCGUCCCGCCAGUUUGGCCACGUCGCGCGCGGUCGCUCGGCCGCCACGAGCGGGGGCGGGGGGCGUCGGGGCGCCGUAGAAGGUGGGUUAUAUCCCAAGGUGGGUGCUCGCGAUGCCUUUUUCCAGGGGUUGUUCGGGGCCCCGCCUCUGCCGCUACCUCACCUUUGCGCCAGCCGGAUGGCGAACGUAGAAACCAGCACUCCGCGAUGAGGCGUCCGAGGAGGCACCUCCACCGUCGUUCUCGGAGGUCGUCGUUCUCGUCGCCGUUUUCGUCGUCGUUUCCAUCGUUUUCGUCGCUUUCGUCGUCGUCGUCGCCGUCGCCGCCGUCGUCGUCGUCGCCGCCGUCGUCGUCGUCGGGAAUACUGAUCCGAGCGCUCUCCUGUGGUCAGGUCCCGAGGGGCCGGCUCUCUGAGGGGGUUGUGUCGGCGGCGCGAAGAGCGAUGUCGUCGUCGCCGCCACCGUUGAUGUCGUCGACGACGACGUCGACGACGACGUUGCCGGUUUGGAGGUUUUUGGCGGAUUUUUGUGGGGUUCUCGUCGCCACGGGCGGGCGCGGCUCGGAACACCUGCUGGGAUGGGC